UUAAAACCUUAGCUAAAAGCCUAAAACUAAAACCCCUUCUGAGAAAAAAUCCUCCAUGAGAGAGAGGUCGAAGCUUUACCCUGAGAAACUCCUAAACCUCGACAACCCUUCUUCCAUGGCGUAACCCCACCAAGAAUUCUGCUCCUUGUUCCUCCGUUAAAGCCCUAAUUCAGUCUCAAUAGCGACAGAGUGCUGUAGAGAUUUCAUGGCUUCUAUAUCGACCACAUGGUUCUACCGAGAUUUGAUGUCUGUGGACAUGGGAAAGCCGGGUUACUGUGUUCUUCAGGCAAGAAGUGUAUGCACGUUCCCGAUCAAGACAUUAAGUGUCGGUAUCACUGCUAGUAAUCCUCCAAGUCGCUGUAUCAAAUGCAAGAAGGAGGAUGAGGAUGAGGAUGAAGGAUACAGAAAGGACGAUGAAGGACAUGAGUAUGUAUCGGUUGAGCGGCCUCCGUAUCAUAGUUACAUGGAUUCAACUUCUGGAAGACUUGAACCUGCAUCGGGUGCCCGAGCAAGCAUUCCGGGAGAGGAUUACUGGCCGGAAGGGACGUCGAGUCGGGUUAGGGCUGCUAGGGCUCCCGAGCCAGCUGGCGACUCUACAAGUUCCCCAUCAUUUGGCAAAAAUCCCGGGAGUCGGAGAAAGAAGAACAGAAAAGCAUCUGAGAUAUGUGCAACGAGCGAUGAAUCGGACGAAAACGGGACUGCUGAGUCAACUGGAGUAUUGGAUUCUGAUGAUAGUGAAGAUGCCGGUGAAGAGGGAAACGAUUCUUUGAACGAGUUUGUUGUCUUUAAGACACAAAACGAGGAAGAAGAAGUGGAAGAAGACGGGUACGAACUAGACAAGAAACUUGGACGGCCUCACCCUUUUAUCGAUCCCAAGAAAAAGAAAACGAUAGAGCAGACCCUCACGAGUGACGAACUGUGGUGGAACUGGAGAAAGCCGGAGAAGGAACAAUGGUCGAGAUGGCAGAGAAAGCGCCCCGACGUUGAAACGGUUUUUCUCAAGGCAAUGGCGGAAACAGGGCAAAUCAAGCUCUAUGGGAAAGAACCGACACUCACAGAAGCAUCUCUUUACAGAGCUAGACGCCAUAUUUUCAAGGAAGAAAGGCUGCAAGCCGAGCGAGAGAGACUGGCAAGAGAAGGCCCGAUGGCUUUUUACUCUGAAUGGGUGAAAGCGUGGAAAAGAGACACGUCACGAGAAGCCAUACAGAAACAUUACGAAGAGACGGGCGAAGACGAAACCGAACAGCUGAUCGAGAUGUUCUGUCAUCAAACUGAUCGAGAAUAUCGGAUAAUGAUGGGAACCGAUAUUCGGAUCAAGAGAGAUCCUUUAGCAAUGCGGAUGAAGGAGGAGCAAAUAAAGCAAAUAUGGGGCGGAGAUCCUGUCUACCCGACAAUCAACUACAUUCAGGAUCCAAACGAGAUAAUUGAUUACAGGGGACCGGAUUUUCAUGAACCGACACCAAAUAUGCUUGCUUAUCUGAAGGAGCACGGAAAAAUAAUCUCAAGAGAGGAGCACGAAAUGCUUCAAGCGAAAGGAAAACCCGAGCAACUCGAGGAACCGGACAUUGACGAAGCUAUGGCACAAGCCGUGGAUAUUGGUGAAAACGACGACGAGGAAGAUGAGAACGAGGGCGAUGAAUCGGAGGAAGAAGACGAGAAAGUCCCUCGGAACUGGAGUGUUCUGAAAAGCACGCCCGAGCUUCGAAAAUCCAAGCCUAAGCCGAAGAAGGAAGGUGGCAUGUCUCUAGAAGAGGCCGUAGAUGAAUCGGAGAACCUAACCGAUUUUCUCUUGGACUUUGAAGAGGAAGAGUAAGACGGAACCGGUCGGUUUGGUACAAGUUUUCGGUUUAUGUUAACCAAUGGUGGUCAAAUUGGAAAAUCAAAGUUGUAAUCAAACGGUUUCAGGUUUGGUUUUGAGCGGUUUAGGACUGGUUUCGUACUCAUUGCCCAUUUUCGGUUUGGUUCAGUUCAUUUUGGUUCGGUUAUGAGUCAACCGGAAGAGAUCCCGGUUUACUUUGGAAUAUGGUAUUGUAACCUUCAUAUACAUGCUUGCUCUCAAAUC